CGCGGUUUCUUGGAGCGGAUUGCAACCCGGAGUCAGGAUUCAAUAAAUGUGUAGUCGUUUGGAAAACAGAUUGUCACGAUGACAGAGCAACCAGAUGAGUUUAUCUGGUGUGAGGACUGUGGGCAGUAUCAUGACUCUGAGUGUCCAGAGCUGGGUCCAGUGGUGACUGUACAGGACUCAUUCGUUCUCAGCAGAGCACGGUCCUCUCUGCCGGAGAGUCUGGAGAUUAGACAGGUGCCCGAUGGGAAGGAGGGAGUGUUUGUCCUCCAACGUUUGGUCAAGAGGACCAGGUUUGGUCCCUUCGAGGCUAGGAGAAUAUCCCACCUGGACAAAGAAGGCCUGUUCCCUCUGAAGAUCUUCCAAAGAGAAGGCCUAGUAGUCUGUUUUGACUCAGCCAAUGAGGAUGACUGUAAUUGGAUGAUGCUGGUUCGGCCCGCUACUGACUAUCAGCACCAGAACCUGACUGCUUACCAGCAAGACGAUGAGGUCUACUUCAACACCUCCCAGGAUGUGCUGCCAGGGUCUGAGCUGAGGGUUUGGUAUGGGGCCUUCUAUGCCAAGAAGAUGGAGAGGCCCAUGCUGAAGGCCCCAGUCCAUCCACCACCAGCAGUUGUGGAUACCACCUCUACCAUGCCAGAGGGGGCUUUGAAUAAAGCUGGAGUGUCACAGGCCCUAGUGGUUGGAGAGAAUGAUGCAGACCACCUACUGAGCCAUCUGCAGCAAUUGAAAGAUGUAGCCCCGCCCCCUGACGACCAGUCCCAGCAGCAGGAGGAAGCAGAACUGGUAACCCCUGACGAUGGCCUCAGUGCUGAGCCCAUCCCUGCUCCUCCUCUGCCAGCUCCCAAAAGAAGGCUGGGCAGGCCGGGGAAGAGGGCCAAAGGAGGACGGAAACCUAGCACUGCAACUAUAGCAGCAAAGAAGAAAAUUGCAGCCUUUUUGGAGCCAGCGGAGAAAGCCCUCAACACCGUCCCUGCAGAUGGAGGAGAGGCCAUGCUGGAUGGCAAUGACCUGGAGAUUGGCCCUGACGGGGUGGCUGUCACCAUGCCGAGGGUGACCCGCACUCUGCUCUCAGCUGGGAUGCCUGGGUCGAGGAAGAGGUUCCUGAGGCAGGGAGGAGACCAUAAGAGGCUGUACAAGUGCACCCUCUGCAACAAGGUCUUCCAGAACAGCAGCAACCUCAACAGACACAUCCGCUCCCACGGUGAUAAGCUCUUUAAAUGUGAUGAAUGUGACAAGAUGUUCAGCCGCAAGGAGAGCUUGAAGCAGCACAUCUCAUACAAGCACAGCAAAAAUGAGCCCGAUGUGGAGUACAGGUACAAAUGUAACACAUGUGACAAAGCCUUCCGUCUGGAGAAUGCAUUAGAGUUCCACAACUGUAGAACCGAUGACAAGACGUUCCAGUGUGAGAUCUGCUCGAGGUUCUUCUCCACCAACAGUAACCUGUCUAAGCACAAGAAGAAGCACGGAGAGAAGCUGUACGCCUGUGAGAUCUGCAGCAAGAUGUUCUACCGCAAGGAUGUUAUGCAGGACCACCAGAAGAGACAUACUGUGGCAAACCCAAAGCACCUGAAGAGGGAAGAGCUGGAGGCCAAUGGGGAGGAAGGGACCAAAUACAGGAAGGAGCCUUCAGCAUGUCCUAUCUGUGGCAAGGUGUUUUCCUGCAGGAGCAACAUGAACAAGCAUCUGCUGACUCACGGAGAUAAGAAGUACACCUGUGAGAUCUGCGGACGCAAGUUCUUCAGAGUGGACGUCCUGAGGGACCAUAUUCACGUGCACUUUAAGGACAUAGCCCUGAUGGACGAGCAGGAGAGGGAGGAGUUCAUCAGGAAGAUCGGCAUCUCAGUGGACAGCAGCGACGACACUGAUGAGGAGGAUGAAGACUACGGACAAGAGACCCACAAGUACAGCUGCAAGAAGUGUCAGGUGACAUUCUUCAAGGGCAGAGAUUACCUGAAGCACAUUAUGGACCUGCACAAAGAGAGGGGUUAUGGCUGCAUCAUUUGUAACCGGCGCUUCGCUCUGAAAGCCACCUACAACGCCCACCUGGUCAUCCACAGAGAACAGCUCCCAGACCCUGCAGUGCAGAGGUACAUCCACCCCUGUGAAAUGUGUGGCCGAAUCUUCAACAGCAUCGGCAACCUGGAGAGACACAAGGUCAUUCACACAGGGGUGAAGAGCCACGGAUGUGACCAGUGUGGGAAGUCGUUUGCCAGGAAGGACAUGCUAAAGGAACACCUGAGGGUCCAUGACAACGUCAGAGACUUCCUAUGUGCUGAGUGUGGGAAAGGAAUGAAGACCAAGCAUGCGCUGAGGCACCAUAUGAAGCUGCAUAAGGGCAUCAAAGAGUACGAGUGUAAGGAGUGCAACCGCAAGUUUGCCCAGAAGGUCAACAUGCUGAAACACUACAAGAGACACACGGGAAUAAAGGACUUCAUGUGUGAGUUGUGUGGGAAGACCUUCAGUGAGAGGAACACCAUGGAGACACACAAGCUCAUUCACACAGUGGGGAAGACGUGGUCGUGUGCGGUGUGUGAUAAGAAGUAUGUGACAGAAUACAUGCUCCAGAAGCACGUGCAGCUGACGCAUGAGAAGGUGGAGGCCCAGAGCUGUCACAUGUGUGGCACCAAGGUGUCCACCCGAGCCUCCAUGAACCGCCACAUGAGGCGCAAACACCCCGAGGUGGUCACUGUGAGAAUAGAUGAGUUUGACGAGCUCCAAGAAGACUCAACAAUCGAUGAGUCAAGCAUCAGCAUUGUGCAGCCAACUCUAACCCUGGAGAAGGAGGCUCUUUCUGGGGAGAGACCCCAGCGGACCCCACGGCCGCCCAGGAAGAAGCAGAAACAGCUGGAGGAGCCGGAGCUGUCAGACUCUGACGAGUACGCUGACUUCACAGGCAAAGGAGUACAGUACACCACCACCAUAGUGGGAGAUGAGACCAGCUCUGCUGUGCAGAGUAUACAGCAGGUGGUGGUGCUGGCCGACCCCAACGUGUCCUCCGCCUCCUCCCCCAACAGCUCAGUGGGUCUGACCAACAUCACAGUGACCCCCAUCACCACCCAUGCUCCUGCCCAGUUCACCAGCCUGCAGCCUGUAGCCGUGGGCCACCUGACAGCCAGCGACCACCGGCCCCUCACUCUGGACAGCUCCAUCCUCACUGUCACCUUCGACACGGUCAGCGGCUCCGCCAUGCUCCACAACCGGCCCGCCGAGCUCACGACCGAGACUGUGGGGCCUGGAGGUGCCAGUACUGGGCCACAGUCGGUCGCCCACUUUAUCAACCUUACCACCUUCGUCAACCCAAUGGGCCACCCUCUGGAGGCCCCCACCCUGGCCUGGAGGCCUGUCACGCAGGCUGAGGGGGUCCAGGUCACCCCUGUAGCAGAGGGGGCUCCAGGUGACGCCCAGGACUCUGAAACCCAGACCCCAGAGCAGGCUAGACAAGCCCAGGCAGCACAGCAACAGCAGGCCAACACAACACAGCAGAUGUUCAGCUACUAGACUGAAGGGAGGAGGUGCUGGUCACCUCAGUCCUGGUGAAGGACAGUGGAUAGACUAGACACAUGGAAGGCCUGUGUGGACUAGAGGCCUUGAAUGCUCUCACCCAAAUGCCUGUUAUAUUCCCCAAAAUACACCCCUUGAAUGAGAACAUUGAUGGAGGAUGAUAGCAUUUACAUGAACCAAGAGCCACUUUCUCUUGAGUCAACGUGAGUCAAAAACCCUGCAGAGGAAGCUGUUGAACUGUAUAGUUUACAGGGAUGCAUGUGCAGUUAAAAUAAUGACAUGAUUUGGGUGCAUUGUUUCUUAGGUGUAGUUUUGACCAAUCAACAGAUCAAUGUAAUAGUUGUAAUAUAAACCUAAGCAAGAAAUUGAAUAUUCUAAUUUGUGAAUUUAAACAUGCACGUCUUGCAAUAUUUGCAUAUUUUCACUGCAGAAUUAUUUAGGUUAUGGAGAUGCAAUAGUGUUUUUGUUUUUCAUUCUCAUUGGGGGUUAAAAUAUUAAGUGAUUUUGGCACAUGGCUUUGAAUGCCUUGUACAAGAGGUUAAUAGAAGACAAUUAAUUAUUAUUUUUUAGUAGAUAGUGUAAAGCAGCCAAGACACAGCAUUUAACCAGUAGAGAGAACCAUAUUUUAUUUUUAAAUGUCUGAAAGCAUUGAAACUUAAAACCAUUGUUGAGCAAUUGUCAAAAAUACUGGAAGCCUUUUUUAUUGCCAUUGUUUUUCAAUUAAAUUUCACAAAAAUGAAAUGUUUUUAGCCCAUUUUCUGUUUGUCUAAAUAUCAAUGUUUAAAUAGAGUAAUACAUUUUGAGAUAUGGUACAUGCUUGUUUUCUAGACUUUUGGGCGUUAUGAUUUAUCCAACUGGGAAACUCGGCUGGCAUUGUACUCAGUUGUGUGUGUGUGUGUGUGUCAAAAGCACCAGUUAGUCUUUUUACAUUUAGCAGACGCCCUUAUCCAGAGCGACUUACAGGAGCAAGUAGCGUUAAGUGCCUUGCUCAAGGGCACAGACUGUUUCACCGAGUCUGCUCGAACCAGCGACCAUUCGGUUAUUGACUAUGAACUGCCCACCUGUUGUACACCUGUAGCUUACCCGGAGUCAGAACCUGGACCAACCAGAAGGGGGAGCUAUCUUCACAUACGAGCUCCUACAUAACAUGAGUUACAUGUGCAUUAGAUUAUGUAGAGACAUUGUCUAGGAAAGGUGUUUUGUUUUGAAGGACUGCAAAAUAGAGUGUUGGUCUUUUGUAUGUAUGGUUCUUGCUAUUGUCUCCUUCCACGGUUGGGCCAAGGUGUCCACCCUCAAGAAGGAUGAACCUCUACACUAGAUGGACCAUCACCUCAAAAGACCCUCAUUCUCAGGGUUGACUCAACUGUUAAUGUCCCUAUGUGAUGUGUCAAGUGUCUCUGUUCUCUAUUAGCCCCAAGCAUUAAACUGUCUCUGUGGUGAUGUGCAUCA